CUGUAAUUUUUAGUGUCAUGUCUGUGAUGAAAAGCUGCGUGGGAGUUACUUCUUCUUCCAGAAUAAACCCAUCUGUGAGAAGGAUUUCCAGAACACCCAGCAAAGCUGCUCUGAGUGUGGAGAGGUUAUUGAAGGAACAUACUAUUCACUCAAUAACAAGGUCUACUGUGAGAAGGAUUACAAGGCCUACACUGAUGAAUGCGGGUCCUGUGGAGAACCUAUUGCUGGAAAAGUAAUUAAAAUUACAGGAGCUGCCUUUCAUCCACACUGCUUCAACUGCCAGGAGUGUAACUCUAAUAUGGUUGGACUACCCUUCUCUACUGAUCAAGAAAACACUGUUUAUUGUCCAGAAGAUUUUACAAGGAAGUUUGCUGCUCUCUGUACAGUCUGUAAGAACCCUAUAGUUCCUAAGGAGGGUCAUACAACAGCACCCAGAAUAAGAGCUCUUGAUAAGGAUUUCCAUCCUGCCUGCUUUAAGUGUGAGGAUUGCCAUCUAGUGUUGGAUUCUCGAAUUAAAGGGAAGGAAUGUUGGCCGAUCAGAAGUCACGUGCUCUGCUACACGUGCUAUAGACGUAGGCAGAGUGAAAGCGAAGAAGAAAGCGAUUAAUAGAUUCUAUUAGUGAAUUAAAAAGGGACUGUACACGUCAUUUAAAAAGAGUGGUUUGAUUAAAAAACUGAACCUUUAAAACCUCUCGUUGAGGUUGAGAAGCAAUCGGGAGAUUUGUUUGUUUUUUAUUUAAACGUUUAGAGUUAUUCCUUUUAUCGCUUCUGCUUCAUUUAUCCUAUAGUAGACAAAGAUCUAAAGGAAAUUGUUGCGGAUCCGUUUAGAGAGUUAUUUAAGAUUACGUGAACAGUCCCAACAAUAACAUUUUAAUUAUUCAAACAGAAUUGUAUUAUUAUAAAUGCAUUAACAGUUGGUUUAUAAACCUAAACAAAUGUUGGUAUAGUUACAUUGAACAGAACUUACCUUUAAAAAAUCAAUUAUUAAAAAGACAAACUUUACCUUGGAACUUUUCCUUUCGCAAUUCAGAUAACAUAAUCUUAAUAAUUUAUUUUUCUUGUCUUAAUUUUUCUUUAAUGAUAUUUUAUAUAUUCUUACUUUAAAUCCAGUGGACGAAAAAAUGGAUGCGCAAUAGUUUUCAUUUUAACAGCGGUCGAAACUCUUGUGUGGGGUAGCGUUAAUCUUGAAUGCUUAAUCUCGAUAGCCAAUGUUGGCACUUUAAAAUUUAAAGAUAAAUCCUUGAUCCCUCUAUUAAAGUUCUCACUGCAGGGUACCAUCACCACAGUAUAUCGAAACGGAAUCAGUUAAUCCUCAGGUCUACGUAUAAGCUGGAGAUCAAGGCUUAAUCCCGAGAUCGAAAUCUCAAAAGUUCUGACUUCAGAUCUAAUGAAUGCCGCGCAUUUUAAGUUUUUAUUUGACAACCUUUGUAUAGUCAUUAACACGUUUUCUCUAACAAUGAAACUAAACCUUUAGAAUAAAUUCUAAUCACUUUA